GAGGUCCCUGUUGCCUGGUUACCGGGAGUCGCCGGCUUCCAGCCUCGCUCGGAUUCCGCCAUUCUCGCUCCUCUCAGGCGCGGAGGAGCGUCCUGAGCCCGGGAAGAGGUGGAGCAGGAGAGGCAAGGCCACCCCUUGCCGCUGCUAGUCAUCAUUACACGCUAAAGACUCGCGGCCGAAGCCGAUUCCAGUCACCAAAGUUCAAACACGUACCGUUCAAAGGAACAGAAAGGUGCCAACGCUAAAAAAUUCGGAGGAAAGACACCUCCAAAUGACAUGGCCAGUUCCAUAUGAAUAAAAGCUCGAAAUACUUUUUGGCCCCAAAGCUGGAAGUCACAGAUGGGCGCUGGAAGCAGAGCCAACUGGGGGCUCGCAGAGAGGCAGACAGCAGUGGUGGGUGUGACAAGGAGGCGUCAGUCUGCCUUUGCCCACCAGACGGCUGACCCCCCGUGGGAGCUGGAGGCAGCCAUGGGCUCCAUCUCCGCCCCAGGCACCGCCACCUGCGGCAGAGGGAAGAGCCACCUAAAAAUGAAGCCAACACAGAAGAAGGCAGAGCUGAGAGAUGGGGAGAGAAAAGGAUGGCACUGGGCCAGAGUGAGAUUCCAUCCUCCAACUUCCUCAUUAUCCCUGCCAUUUGAUGACCUCUGGCUGCUUUCAUUAUUUAAACUUCCAUCUCCUCUGAAAACAACUAGAAAAGCCAGAUCAAACCAUCACCAUCACCAUCAUCAUCACCGUUUGCUUAAAAGCAUUCACACUGCUGCUGAAGCCACGAGGACAAAAGGGGCCAAGAUUCUGGAGAGAGAGGAACUGUACUGAGGCAAGAUGUCGGUGUGGAGCGAGGCAGGAGCGAAUGCAGCAGCCGUCACCCCCGGAGCCCGGCGGCGGCAGCAGCAGCAGCAGCAGCGCGAGGACGAGACAGCAGCCAGCCGCAGUCGCCGCCGCAGCCGCGGGAGCAAUGCAGACAGCAUCUUGAGAACGCGCUAAAGCACCCCAAACGGUGGACAAUGCCGUGUCACUGCAACUGGGAGGGGGGCAAACCAGAUUUUUUUUGACAUAAAAGCCAGCCAGCCAAAAAUAUAUAAUUUUGUCCUUCACGGAGCCGGUGUGUAAAGAGUGAGCGCUAUUUUCCUUCUCCUCCUCCUCUCCCUCCCCCUCUUCCUCCUCUUUUUCCUCCUCCUCCUCCCUAAGUGUACAGACAGCAUCACAUCACCUGGCUUGCUUCUGAGAAACAGCAUCUCUCCUUUUCAGGGAUCAGAGACUCAGAGAGAGGAGACGUUCUAAUGGAGUCUGCUUGAUACCCCAAAAUAAAAUAAUAAAUUUUGGCUCUUGUCCCCUCCUCCCACCCCCACCCCCUCAGCCCUGUGUGAGAUGUUGGGUUUCUUCUUCAUGAGACAUUGUUGAGAAGUCGCAGUGGUUGGAGAGGCGUAGGGGGCAGACUACCUCCACUCCCCCGACACCCCCCUUUUUUCUCUCUGGGAGGAGGAGGAGGGGAAGGGGGCUUGCAGAGCAAGCGAUGGAUGAGGAAAACAUGACGAAAAGCGAGGAGCAGCAACCUCUGAGUUUGCAAAAAGCCUUACAGCAGUGCGAGUUGGUCCAAAACAUGAUAGACCUGAGCAUCUCCAACCUGGAAGGGCUUAGGACCAAAUGUGCUACCUCCAACGACCUCACACAAAAAGAAAUCCGGACGCUGGAGAGCAAGCUGGUGAAGUACUUCAGCCGGCAGCUGUCCUGCAAAAAGAAGGUGGCCCUGCAGGAACGCAACGCCGAGCUGGACGGCUUCCCCCAGCUCCGGCACUGGUUCCGGAUCGUGGACGUGCGGAAGGAAGUCCUGGAGGAAAUCACCCCCGGCCAGCUGAGUCUGGAGGAUCUCUUGGAGAUGACGGAUGAGCAGGUGUGUGAGACCGUGGAAAAAUACGGGGCCAACCGAGAGGAGUGUGCCCGCCUCAAUGCCUCCCUCUCCUGCCUCCGGAACGUCCACAUGUCGGGAGGCAACCUUUCCAAACAAGACUGGACCAUCCAGUGGCCCACCACGGAGACGGGGAAGGAGAACAAUCCCGUGUGCCCCCCGGAGCCGACGCCCUGGAUCCGCACCCACCUCUCCCAGAGCCCCAGGGUCCAGUCCAAGUGCGUCCAGCACUAUUGUCACGCCAGCCCCAGCCCCGGGGCCCCCGUGUACACCCACGUGGACAGGCUCACCGUGGACGCCUACCCGGGCCUGUGCCCGCCCCCGCCCCUGGAGUCGGGCCACCGUUCCCUGCCCCCGUCGCCCCGGCAGCGGCACGCCGUCCGCACCCCGCCGCGCACCCCCAACAUCGUCACCACCGUGACCCCGCCGGGCACGCCGCCCAUGAGGAGGAAGAACAAGCUGAAGCCCCCGGGGACCCCGCCGCCCUCCUCCCGGAAGCUGAUCCACUUGAUCCCGGGUUUCACCGCCCUGCAUCGGAGCAAGUCCCACGAAUUCCAGCUGGGUCACCGCGUAGACGAGGCCCAUACGCCCAAAGCCAAGAAGAAAAGCAAGCCCUUGAACCUCAAGAUCCACAGCAGCGUGGGCAGCUGUGAGAACAUCCCCUCCCAGCAGCGCUCCCCGCUGCUGUCCGAGCGCUCCCUGCGCUCCUUCUUCGUGGGACACGCGCCCUUCCUGCCCUCCACCCCUCCCGUCCACACCGAGGCCAACUUCUCCGCAAACACACUGUCAGUACCGCGAUGGUCCCCGCAGAUCCCUCGCAGAGACCUUGGCAAUUCCAUCAAGCACAGGUUUUCCACGAAGUACUGGAUGUCUCAGACGUGCACAGUCUGUGGGAAGGGGAUGCUUUUCGGCCUCAAGUGUAAAAACUGCAAGUUAAAGUGCCACAACAAAUGCACCAAAGAAGCCCCACCCUGUCAUCUCCUGAUCAUCCACCGAGGAGCAAGGUUAGUCCGGACAGAGUCCGUCCCGUGUGACAUCAACAACCCUCUACGAAAGCCACCCCGGUAUUCGGACCUGCACAUCAGUCAGACACUCCCCAAAACCAACAAAAUCAACAAGGACCACAUCCCUGUUCCUUACCAGCCAGACUCUAGCAGCAACCCCUCGUCCACGACGUCGUCCACGCCCUCCUCGCCAGCACCCCCACUCCCUCCCAGCGCCACGCCGCCUUCUCCCCUACACCCUUCUCCGCAGUGCACAAGGCAGCAGAAGAAUUUCAACCUGCCAGCGUCCCACUACUACAAAUACAGGCAGCAGUUCAUUUUUCCAGAUGUGGUUCCAGUGCCAGAGACACCGACCCGGGCACCCCAGGUCAUCCUGCAUCCAGUGACCUCGAAUCCAGUCUUGGAAGGAAAUCCAUUACUUCAAAUUGAAGUGGAGCCAACCUCAGAGAAUGAAGAGGGCCACGAUGAGGCCGAGGAGUCGGAGGAUGACUUUGAGGAGAUGAACCUGUCCCUCCUCUCGGCCCGGAGCUUCCCGCGCAAGGCCAGCCAGACCAGCAUCUUCCUUCAGGAGUGGGACAUCCCCUUCGAGCAGCUGGAGAUCGGCGAGCUCAUUGGGAAGGGCCGCUUCGGGCAGGUGUACCACGGCCGCUGGCACGGCGAGGUGGCCAUCCGGCUGAUCGACAUCGAGCGGGACAACGAGGACCAGCUCAAGGCCUUCAAGCGGGAGGUGAUGGCCUACCGGCAGACGCGCCACGAGAACGUGGUGCUCUUCAUGGGCGCCUGCAUGAGCCCGCCCCACCUGGCCAUCAUCACCAGCCUCUGUAAGGGACGGACACUCUAUUCCGUGGUGAGGGAUGCCAAGAUCGUCUUGGAUGUCAACAAAACGAGGCAGAUUGCCCAAGAAAUUGUGAAGGGCAUGGGCUACCUCCACGCCAAGGGAAUCCUGCACAAGGACCUCAAGUCGAAAAACGUCUUCUAUGACAACGGCAAGGUAGUGAUCACGGACUUCGGGCUCUUCAGCAUUUCUGGGGUGCUGCAGGCUGGCAGGCGCGAUGACAAGCUGCGUAUCCAGAACGGCUGGCUGUGCCACCUGGCCCCAGAGAUCAUCCGCCAGUUGUCUCCCGACACGGAGGAGGACAAGCUCCCCUUCUCCAAACACUCAGACGUCUUUGCACUUGGGACAAUCUGGUAUGAGCUCCAUGCCAGGGAGUGGCCUUUCAAGACCCAACCAGCAGAGGCAAUAAUCUGGCAAAUGGGCACAGGCAUGAAACCCAACCUCAGCCAGAUCGGCAUGGGAAAAGAAAUCUCGGACAUUCUUCUCUUCUGCUGGGCUUUUGAACAAGAAGAGAGACCGACCUUCACCAAGCUCAUGGACAUGCUGGAGAAACUGCCAAAGCGAAACCGCCGCCUGUCUCACCCUGGACAUUUCUGGAAAUCUGCAGAGCUGUGACCGCUGGACAAGGGGACAGCACUUAGCUGCCUCAGCUCCCACGCCACCUCUCCUCCCCUGCUCUGCCCUCUGCCAGCUCAGGAGGCCAGAGGCUCACCAUCAGCGGGUACCGACCCCGGCCGGCCUGGGAGCACUGCACGACUGAGCCCGGCGGCUUCCCCGCAGCCCAGGCCCGUGCCCGUUUGCUCGGGCAGGGUGGGGGAUCCCCGAGCUAGGACUUCACAGGACCGGCCAGGGAGAUGCGGCAUUGAUCAGUGAGGCCCAGGGGGACGGUGCAGAGAAGAGAACACGGGCUGGAUGCGGAGCCCCUGGGCUGCGAGACCAGGGCAGGAGGCCCACGCGGGCGGGCUCGCCGGAACGGUCUGUGUGUCCGUGUGUGUCUACGUGCGCGACACCAUCUGCUCUCAAUUCCCCUUGACAAGUAGGAGUCAGGCUGCCCCAGCCCUGGAGCUGAGUGCCCUCAGCUGUUUCGGUGUCUGUGUGGUGGGUUCCAGCUACGCUCUCUGGGAAGAUGGGACAGGGAUACAGAGCCAGGCGCCCACAUGGUGGAGGUUAUGGGCCCGGGAUCUGGGCGGGGCACUCAGCUGUCCCUUUGUAAACAUCUGAUCUCAGAGGCCCCAGCCCAUGCCUAUCAAGGUCUGGGCACUUUGUGUGUUGCUCCAAAGUGCAUGUCUCUUGCAUCCUGGGUCUCUCCAGGGUACGCUUUGCCGUCUCCGCCGCUUCUCCUGUUCUGUGACAGCCUCGUCCCUACCUGCUUUGCUGCCCAGCCUCCCCCCAGCCAUUUGGAAAGCACAGUGAUGGCCAAGAUGACUUCUGGGGGCUCCUUGCAGCUCACCUUCGUCCAUGACACCCCCCGAAGUCUGAGCCUUGAGAACUGGGGCUCUGGGAGGGGGAAGUUCUAGGACAUUCUUUUUCCCUCCCUCUGCUCUGGCACUUACACCAGCUAAGUUUGUCCACCACAGUGACAGAUACGGGUCAUUAGGUUCUGUGUGUGUUGGGUUACAUGGCGUGUGCACAGCAUCCUGUUUGCAAAUGAUCCCCUGCCCCCGCUGCUGCAUCCUUAAAAAGUCCUACUGGGUAGGCGAGGUGGGAGGCCGUUUGUUGGGGUUCUGCAUUCUCGGCUCCAGCCAGUGCUGAGUCCCAGAGUGGCUUCCCCCUUUGACGUCUGAACACGCUCAGUGCCCCUGCCUUCCAUCCCUCCCCACCGGGGCCAGCUGCUUUUUCUGACCACACUGGGGUCAAGUGUUCCACGUCAAGGUCUCUGGGAGCAAGUCGGUGCAGAGUGAUGGCGGGAGCCUCAGUCUUUAUGUUCCUUACUGUUUAAGAGAAUGUCUUACAUCUCCAAGACCCUGGACCCCCUUCACCUGACCUAGCAUCAGAGGGAAAUCUGUCCCCCAGCAGGGCACAAGCAGGAUAGCUGGGCUUCGGGCAGGAUGCCCAGGGCCAGCCCCCAGUCCUGCUGCACUUCCUGGGCACUGCCCAGCUCGGUUUCUUCCGGCCACUAUCUUAUCUCAAUAUCUUGCUCCCAGAGAGGGGACCUUAGACUUUAAAAACCCUACCUGGGCUCAGACUCACCAUCCAACCCGAGAUACGGGGAUCUCCCCUGCUUUACGUGGGCCCCAGACUGGGUCACACUCUGGGGGCCAAGCCUGCUUCCGGAUUGGGAAAAAUGAUGAGACCGGGCAUGCUUCCCAAGACCCUGGCCACGGGGGAUCCCUGUGUCCCCCAGAGGGCCUCCCUGAAUACCUUCCCCAUGCUCCCACCUGCUGGGGACCAGGGACUCCAGGCCCUCGCAUAGGCCUUUCCUAAACAUUCCUCUUCCCUUGGUGCCUGUAACUGUGGCUCUCAGCCCAUCGUUGUGCAUCCUGGAGGCAUUUGCACAGGUUGGCGGGAGCCCCAGCUGCUCUGAUGUUGCUGCAGGCAGCUCUUGUCCGCGGCUGGCUCCCUAUCCAGGCAGGUCACCCAGCAGACCAGCCCCAGGCCCAGGCUUGGGCCUCUGGAGGGUCUUGCCUCUCUGGAGUCCAACGGACUUCUCGGGUCCACGGACCCCAGUCUGUCAUGGACCUCAGUGCGGGGGAAGGAGCAGCCAAGGGCAGCUCCCUGAAGCUGAAAUGCCACCCAGGACUGCAGCCUACUACCCCGGGCUUCUGUCGUUUCCAGAAUUAACUAACAUGGCCACUCAGAGCCUUUGGCAAAGCCCAGCCGCGUCUCCACAGGCUGAUUUUUCCAUUUGUUCACAAGCACCAACUUGAGGUUAAGAACGGGGCCUGAGGGAGCCAGGGAGAAACCUCCGCUUUGCCUGCGCCCUUGGAGUUUCUCUGCUUUUCAGAACGGGGCUCCUUGGGUCCAUCCCUGGGUCCCACAUCCCUUGCGCUUGCCUUCUCCCUCCGCCCACGUGGUCACUUUGCUCCGGCCUUCCUUGCCUUCCUCCGUCUCCGCGCUCACCAGCCCAGCCCCUCCCUCGCACCCUCCUCCGGCUCCACCCCCCAGAACUGUUUAGAAGCCAGCUUUCAUUUGCAGACGUUUCAAUCCAGGAAGAGCCAAACCCUCGCUUUCCACUGCUGACCUCCAUCCUGUUCACUGAAGUCUGGGAAUGAGGUCAUGUUCAUUAACUUGUUGCAAGUGGGGAAAAAAAGGUGGUGUGUGUAUUUGCAUGGGAAUCGCCAGGCCCACCUGGGACUCGUUCUGUAGAAUCCACACAGCACAGAUCGUGUGUGCACAUGUGCCUGAUCGCAGCUGCAUGCGGGCGCCCGGCAUCCAACAGCGAGUCCUUUGUGUCUCUGCCUUGCUUUCGGCAAACCCUCCCAUACCUAGGCUUCCCAAGUGGACCAGUCCGCAGGGUGGAGAUUCCACCAGGAAGCCUUGACCUUGUCUUCUUUGAAGGGCAUGUGGAUUUGCACACUGAAUUCCACCCAAUUCUCCCUGCCUACAGGUCUUUCAUAAAACAGGGGUCUCCUGGCAGGAGGACCCCCUCCCUUGGCCUUGUAAGGGAGCAUUCCUACAUGUCACCGUCCCCAGAGCGAAGCUGGAAACUCAGAGUCACCACUUAAUCCUGUUUUGUCCUGAUUUUCCUUUUGCUGGUCAGAGAGAAACCUCUUGUCUUGCUGUGAAGCCCUCUUCCUCCUCGUUUAUUUCUACCUUGGGUUCUUUGUCAAUAGAAAUUCUGGAUUGGUCUCUGGAGACUAGACUCCAGUAUCUGGGAAGCCCUGUUCUGUCCCCCGUCCACCACCCACCCCGCAUACACACAUCCCACCCCCACUCCUCCCUUCCUACGGUUCUUGUCCCUGCCUGUGACUGAUCAUCUGAGGAACAGGAAGUGGUAAACACUUAGGCCCCUUCUAUGUUUAAAAAUCUAGACUUUACAGUUGGCAAAUUAUGCCUCCGUGGGCUGUAUCCAGCCCACCAAAUGGUUUUUUAGUCUUUCACUGGGGAAAAAAGCAGAAGAUUUCAUGAUACAUGAAAACUCUAUGAAAUUCAAAUAUCAAUGUCAAUAAACAAAUUUUAUUGGGA